AUGACCUACGCAGGCAAGGGCACUGGUAUUCUCAAAAACAAAUCUAGCACUGGCAUUCAAAGCACUGACAGCAGCCACAACAGUAACAACAGAACUGGCAGUAGUAACAGCAAUGGCAGCAAUCUAGACGUUACAUCAGAUGGGUCUGAUAUGAAGACUGAAGCUUUAACCUGUGGAAAUUCGCAUGCUACAAAGACAGCAACUGUCACUAAGGAAGUUGAAUCAUCCAAGAAACUGGAACAGCUUUUUCUCUCUUUCCCAAAAGAUCGGUCCAAACCUCCCAUCAUGCCCCCCACUUCUUCAUCAUCAUCGUCACCAUUACCAUCACCAUCUAAAAACCCCGCUGCGACUGCUAAGAUGACUCUCAAAAAGCCUACAACGAAACUCAAGCGAGAGGAUGAUCAAUUGAAGCAACAUUAUCAGUGCCCAAAGUGUGGCAUGCCUUAUGUGCGUGGACAACCUGAGGAUGAGCGGACACAUGAUUCAUACCAUCGAGCGGCCCUUGGCGGGGUUGACUAUCCGGGUUAUAAAAAUGAGGUGGUUGUGGCGCAAUUUAAUGAUAUUGGAACAACUUCAGCAAACGACCAAAACAAGAACCGUCGAGUUAGUGUAGGAACGUCGUCGUCAUCUGCGAUGGAUUCUAAUCUAUCUAACUCACGGAUCGUCAUGAUCUCCAUGUCAGAUGCUGGGAAGCCAGCCUCGCCAGUGGAGAAGAGGAAGGUCAGGGAGGUACUCGAAGUAGUCAAUAAGGAACUUGGUUCUGUUGACUUUGAUCCGGAGCAACUUGAGUCGUGUAAAAUAUUCCUGUAUAUCUCAAACAAGAAAAAAGUCAUUGGGUGUGUUGUUGCAGAGCGGAUCAAACAAGGAUUUGAAAUUUUGAGUGCUGAUUCAAGUCCUGAGGCUCUACCUACUUCAUCAUCACCAUCAUCAUCAGCAUCAUCAUCAUUAAUAUCGUCGUCAACAGCAACAUUGUCAUUGCCAUCUUCUGGCUCCAAUAGCAGCUGCAGCAGUAUGGAAACAAAAAUGAUGGAUUCUGAUAAUCCUCCUGCAACUAAUAUAUCGGGUAUCAACGAGAUUUCUAUCUCCACUUCAUUAUCGGCAUCAUCGAUUCCUUCUACUUCCUCUUCUUCUUCUUCUUCUUCAAUGACAACUAGUGAUCAUUCGGGAUCAGCCAUUUUCUGUAGUAUAGUCCCUCAAUCUGCUAUCUGUGGGAUCAACCGCAUUUGGGUAUCAGCCCAUUGUCGACGUCAAGGAAUUGCGAGUCGAUUGCUGGAUGCGGUUCGGGAUCGAUUUAUCUACGCAUGCAAGUUGGAGCGCAAAGAUCUAGCAUUCUCACAGCCGACAGGAGAUGGCAAAGCGCUUGCAAGACAUUAUCUAGAGACGAAUAAAUUUUUGGUGUAUGUGGAGUAG